AUCUCGUCUUCUUGUGGCUCGUCCCCGGCAGCAGGAUGUUGAUCUAAACAAGAGUGAGACAUAUAUCCUGCGGAGGCCUAUUUUCACACCGUUAAGCUAAACUACUUUCACUUGUCUCUUUUUACAUAGAAAAACACAGGCAUUAGAAAUUACAGCUUUGUCCGUAAUGGGUCCUGGAUAAAACAGAAUAUUCCAGAAGCACCGUGGACUGCGGGGUUUCGAGUGCGGCCUGCUGUCGCCAAGAAGCUUAAAAACAGCCGGCCGGGGGACGCACAACAAGUCACUGGCUAUUGUGGGCAAAGAAAAUAUUGUGCUCUUUCUACAUUUCUGAUCCCGUUCCCCGUCCCCCCAUCACCCUUCCUGAUUCUGUUCUGGGCGAGUUCAGACCAGUAUUAUCGCCAAGAUAGCUGGGCCAGGGAGGAAGCGGCACACCUCAGAUCCAGACCCCAGCAGCAGCGGCGGCAGCGGUAGCGAUUCCAGCGACGGCCGGCCUCUUAGUGCCAAGUGUCUGAAAAUGUCCUCCAGCGGUGGUGGUUCUGGGACGGUGGGCCGUCGUGGUGGGUCUCAGUAUCAGCAUAGGGGAGUUGGUGGCCAUGGAGCAGAGCUGUCCUCUUCCAGUACCAGUAAGAAGAAGCAGAAGGACAGAGCUAACCAGGAGUCCAGAGAGGCCAAGAGAGCUGCCGCUGCUGCUGUAGGAGUGGAUGGAGUCCUUGCAGAGGUAAAAAAAGAUGUGUUUGUGGACUGGAAACAAAAUGCCAGUGAAGUGAUCAUCAGGCUGCGUUGUGGCGAAGGUGUGCAGAGGAUAGAGGAUGUUACUACAACCUUCACCGAUACUCACUGCCAUGUGCACUUCCCAGGUGAGCGUCAGUGGUCCUGCUACUUACAGGAGGAAAUAGAAGCCUCUUGUAGUAGAGUCCAGUACAAAGAGAAGGGAGGGUUCCUGUUGCUCAUUCUUCACAAAAAGAUUCCUUUUCACAUUUGGCCUUCACUAAAAUCCAACAAGAAGGAGAAAGAGGUUGCACCCGUUGAGACCAAAAAUAUCACUGAACCAGAGACGAGUCCUGUUGCUUUGGCGUCAUCAGAGCAUCUCAAGUCCACCUUGCCAUCUCAACCUCAGGCGUCCUUCUCCCCUGCACACAGUGCAUCACGCUCCAAAGCUGAACGAGGUGUCAAACGGCACCUUAAAAACAAACAGGCGUGUGACAAAACCUCUAUGGACUUUGCAGUGGCACCGACAACAGGAGAAUCUGGGGAUGGCACAUGUUCUUCACCUAAAAACGCCUCGGUUAAGAAAGGCAGCCAGCAGUCUUUAGAACCCAGUGCUAAGUGCGCCACUGCACAUCCUCCUCGGAUCAGCAAGGAGGCCAAGUCUACUACUGACAGGGACACACACUCAGUCCAGACCAGAACCUCAAAUGCACACUCGCCGGCUGUGGAGCACUCUCAAACAACACGCAGAGAUGAAGACAACAGUGAAGAUAGAUUAAGUAGCGAGGGAUGUGCGAGGGAACAGGGAUGUGCUGUUGCUGGUGCCAGCCAUCCCACCAAGACUCAGGUGACAGAGAAACAAGACUCACCAGUCACAUGGGGUCAGUCCAGAACUGGGGAUGCUGAAAAGCAACCAGGAGCACCUCCUGUAAGCACAAGUGACUCCCUCAAAACUUUGGCCUCAAACAACCCUGCGGACCCUCCAGAAAGUAGCAUGGACAUAAGUGGCUCCGGGCCACAGACAAAGUCUGUAGAGCAAGAAUCAGUGCAGGAUACUAAAACCCACCAGCUGAGCGGAGCAGAGUCAUGGCCAGCCAAAGAAGAGCCAUCCGAAGCGAGUCUGGCCAAGAUGCAAGGCAGUUGUGAUGGAGAAGAGAAGCGCGACCAGUCCAAAGAGGAGCCACUCAUAAUAAAGCCACAGGAAGCGCUAGAGCCGUUGGUGAACGUGGAAUUUGUGAAGAACGACUCAUACGAGAAAGGCACAGACUUGAUGGUGGUUAACGUCUACAUGAAGGGCAUCUGCAGGAGCACAGCUCGUGUCAUUUUCAGGGAGCAGGACUUCACUCUCAUCUUCCAGACAAGUGAUGCUAAUUUUCUUCGGCUUCACCCAGACUACGGACCAAACACAAUCUUCAAGUGGCAAGUGAAACUCAGGAACCUGAUACAGCCUGAGCUGUGCAGCUACUCCUUACGAGUGGACGUGACCCUGAAGAAGAGACACAGCCAACGCUGGGAAGGUCUAGAGGCCCCUGCCACACAAGGUGCAGUGGGUGGCGCCAAGGUGGCUGUGCCCUCGAGCCCCGCCUGUAUGGAAAAGAGCCAACCAGGCAGCAGCCAGCACAGCCUACCAGCCAAGGAGGAGCCUCCCAGGGUUGGUGAGGAGAAACCGAAGGCCCCCAAAGCGCCACCCAGAGUAGAGGACAGCGGUCUGGAAACUGUGGCACCUCGUACCGUCUCGGACCAUGUCACCAUCACCAAGCCAGAGCCCACUGUAACGGCGCCUAAGCCGACUUGCAUGGUGCAGCCUAUGACCCAUGCACCUCCAGCUAGCAAUGAGCACCAUGAAGAAGAAGAGGAGAAGAAGGUGUGCUUGCCCGGUUUCACAGGAUUGGUCAACCUCGGGAAUACUUGCUUCAUGAACAGCGUCAUCCAAUCCCUGUCCAACACCAGAGAGCUCAGGGAUUACUUUCAUGAUCGAGGAUUUGAAGCAGAAAUUAACUGCAGUAAUCCGCUAGGAACAGGAGGCAGGCUAGCCAUUGGCUUUGCUGUGUUGCUUCGGGCACUGUGGAAAGGCACGCACCAUGCCUUCCAACCCUCAAAGUUGAAGGCAAUUGUGGCCAGUAAAGCCAGUCAGUUCACUGGCUAUGCCCAGCAUGAUGCCCAGGAGUUCAUGGCCUUUUUGCUUGACGGCCUCCAUGAGGACUUGAACCGCAUUCAGAAUAAACCAUACACGGAGACGGUGGACUCUGACGGUCGCUUGGAUGAGGUAGUGGCAGAGGAGGCGUGGCAGAGGCACAAGAUGAGAAAUGACUCAUUCAUCGUGGAUCUCUUCCAAGGCCAGUUCAAAUCCAAGCUUGUUUGCCCCACAUGUUCCAAGGUGUCUAUAACCUUUGACCCCUUCCUCUACCUGCCAGUCCCUUUGCCACAGAAACAAAAGGUGCUGUCUGUUUUUUACUUUGCCAAGGAGCCGCAUAAAAAACCCAUAAAGUUUUUGGUGAGUGUGAGCAAGGAGAACUCCAGCACUGCAGAAGUCCUUGAAUCCAUCUCCAGGAGUGUUAGAGUCAAGCCUGAGAACCUCCGACUGGCAGAGGUGGCAAAGAACAGCUUCCAGCGCAUGUUUCUACCCUCCCAUUCACUCGACACUGUGUCGUCCUCGGACAUGUUGUUCUGCUUUGAGGUGCUUUCCAAAGAUAUGGCCAAGGAGAGAGUUUUUUUGCUUCGAGUGCAGCAGAGACUGCAAGUCCCUAAUAUCCCCAUCUCAAAGUGUGCCUCCUGCCUUAAACCCCCAGUGUCUGAGGAAGACAAGCUGAAGCGAUGUACUCGCUGCUAUCGCGCAGGCUACUGCAAUCAACAGUGUCAGAGGACCCAUUGGCCCAAUCACAAAGGUGUGUGUCGACCCAACACUGAAAAUGUGGGUCUGCCUUUCCUGGUUAGUGUACCAGAGUCCCGACUAUCCUACAGCCGCCUCACUCAACUCCUGCAUGGUUACUCCAGGUUUUCCGUCAACGUAUUCCAGCCUCCUUUCCAGUCAGGCAGGACAUCCCCCGAACCAUCUCCCAUACUCCUGAUGCCACCGGCAGGCUCUCUGUGUUCAGGAGAUGAAGCCACGGGUAGUAGUAGUAAUGUUACUGUAGAAGCAAGUGACUGUGGACCCAACUGUGGCACUCCAUUGCUGGACUCCCCGACAGAGCACAUACGAACCUCACCUCUCACCUAUGGGGACACUGCUUCCCUUGCUUCCUCCAAGACUUCUCUCUCAACAACACAGACGUCAGACUCUGGAUUCUCUGAGUCCAUCUCCUCUACUUCCUGCUGCUCUCUGGACACCCAUGUGGAAAAAGAAACAUCUUGUGAGAAGGCAGUACGGCCCGAAGCUGCAGUAACAGGGUAUCAGCAACCCAAUGAGACAUCUUCAGGGCAUGCUGGUCAGUUCUACAUAGCUGUGCUGGAUUCAAACAACAAGGAGCAAAGGCUGGAUGAAAAAGAAGACAUGCAGGUCGACCUUCCGGAAGACGCAACGCUGGACCUAGUGUGGAAGAACAACGAGCGACUGAAGGAGUAUGUCCUGGUGAGCUCCAAGGAUCUGGAGUACGAGGAGGAUCCAGGAUCUCUGAGCGAGACUGCCCGAGCAGGACAUUUCACCCUGGAGCAGUGUCUCAACCUCUUCACCAAGCCAGAGGUGCUGGCUCCAGAAGAGGCAUGGUACUGUCCAAAGUGCCAACAGCACCGUGAGGCCUCCAAGCAGCUGCUGCUGUGGCGUCUUCCCAACAUUUUGAUCAUCCAGCUCAAACGCUUCAGCUUUAGGAACUUCAUCUGGAGGGACAAGAUCAACGACAUGGUGGACUUUCCUGUCAGGAAUCUAGAUCUGAGUAAGUUCUGCAUUGGCCAGAAGGAUGAAGUGCAGCAGCCACCUAUCUAUGACUUGUAUGCGGUCAUCAACCACUACGGGGGGAUGAUUGGUGGCCACUACACUGCCUAUGCUCGACUGCCAAGUGACAAAAACAGCCAGCGCAGUGAUGUUGGCUGGCGUCUGUUUGACGACAGCACCGUCACAAUGGUGGAGGAGAGCCAGGUGGUGACGCGCUAUGCCUACGUCCUUUUCUACCGACGACGGAAUUCGCCUGUGGAGAGGCCGCCACGCUUCCUCAGGCCAGUCGGAGCAGAGUCCCCAACUUCCAUGGGAGCUACUGCCAGUCAGGCUUCUCUAAUAUGGCGGGAACUGGAGGAAGAAGAGGAAGAGGGGCUUGAUGAAGGCCCUCAUGGAGUAUUCCGCUCUGGUCUGCGGCGGCGGCAGCAACAACAACAAAUGCACAGGACAAGAGAUGAGGAAAAUGAAGACGGAGGAACGGCAGGGUGGCGCAGUCAUCGCAGUCCUGACGACGACCGUGUGCGAUAUUUUGUCUUGGGCACCCUGGCCGCCGUAUUUGCCCUCUUGGUCAAUUUGCUGUAUCCUCUUCUUUACAAAGCAAAGUGGGCCUGACCUGCACCAAUCAUUGGGUUGAAAGCUUGCUUGCUUUUUACAUCAAACAAAGAAGUGAAGUAAACCGUUUAAAUUCUGACCCUCGAAACUCUGUUUUCAAGCUAACAUUUCCAAGAAGAUAUCAUACGACAGUUGAACAAGAAUCCAGGACCUGAACUUGACAUCAGCAGAUCUCGCCGUUUUUUUUUUUUGUUGUUGUCUUUUGUCUACGUCUGUGCCCUUUCACAAUGUUCAUGAUGAGCCAAAAUCCAUCUUUCCACCUCAUGGUGCAGGGUGGAGCUAAAAGGUCCAUCUCUACUGCAUCACUGAAACAGAAUUCCAACAAAUCACCUCCUGACUCGAUGGUUGACUUUCGAGGGGUCACAGUACUGUACUCUUCAGAGUGAAUUGUUAGUCUAUCCCUACUGAGAUGGUUCACAAGUCAACCCUUUAAUCACUCAGGGAGAACAUUUAGUGCAUUUGCAUUUUUAACAUUUGCAGGUUAUAUCACACUUAAUCAGAAUGUUUCACUUCUAUAUAUUGGAGUUAAAUCAAAGUGUUACUGGUGUAUGCAAGUCGAAUGUAGUUCAGCAGAAACAUAAGAAAUUGAGGAUUCUAGUAGAAAAUGAAUGUUUUGGGCAGGUUUUGUCCAAACCAAAGUAGGAGGCCCAAAAUGGGUUGUGCAUUUGUUUUUAUUGUUUUUAAAGCUUAUUUUGUUGAUUAUGGAGUGCGCACUAGGGGUGUAACGGGUCACAUGGAUGUAUUGAACCGUUUCGGUUCUGCGUGUUCGGUUCGGUCCACUUGCGUACCGUUUCGGUUAUAUUUAAUGCUAUUUUUCUCAUUAAAUGUAUUACUAGAGUGAUCUAAGUGCUUCACGUGGAACUAAAAUCCUGUGCGAGUUUCCGCACAGAAGCCUCUGAGUGUCGGACACUACUGACUGAGGGGGAAGAACGCUAGUAACUCGCAGGCGUGACAAAUGGCAUCAUGUCAAAUGCAAGCGAGAAGCCUGAGCCGGAAGACCCUCCCAUCUCACUAUGGUCUCCUUUUUCGGAAUCAUUUGGCUUCCCUGUUAAAAUUACGGAUGGACAAAGGCAAGUGAAUAAAUCAAAAGUUGUGUGUUGACAUUGUUCCACAGAUAUCGGGUAUGCUGCAGGAAACACGUUCUUGAGAGUGCUGGAUUUAAGUACAGUCAUGGAACAAAUGAUUAGCCCACCCUUGUUUCUUCAGUUUCUUGUUCAUUUUAAUGCCUGAUACAACUAAAGGUACCUUUUGUUUGGACAAAUAUGACAGUGACAACAAAAAUAGCUCACAAAAUUUUAAUUUUUUUGGCAGUACAAGAAAACCAUGGAAGUUGCUAGAUAUCAGCUCUUAAAUUAAACUCUUGUGAGCUAUAUUUGUCGUCAUAUUUGUCCAAACAAAUGUACCUUUAGUUGUACCAGGUAUUAAAAUGGAUCAAUAAAAUGAAGAAACAAGGGUGGUCUAACCCUUUUUUCCAUGUCUAUAAUGAUUAAAGUUCUUGAACCUCGCUACGAAAUACCAUCACGUCCUCACUUUAGCCAGAAAGUUAUACCAGCACUUUAUGAAAACGCUUCAAAGUGAUGUCGCCAACGAGCUAUCACGUGUCUGCUAUUUCACUUACGACAGAUGGUUAGACUUCACGCACAACAGAGAUAUUUAACUGCAACUGUGCAUUACAUUUUGCCACAAUGUUAAAAUAAUUGUUUAAGUACAACUCUUUAUUUUAUUAUUAUUUUUCUAUUUAAAAAAAAAAAAACUCUGUCUAAUUUAUUCGAAAUAUCACCCAAAUGGAUCGCUUUUAUGUACCGGUAUUUUAAAAAAAGUUCUGUUUGCAUUUUUUUUUUUUAAUAGCAUUUUAAGUAUUUUUUUUUCUGCCUUUCGUACUGAAAAGUAACCGAACUGAGCACGUAAAAAAACUAAACCGAACUGAAAUUACAUUACACCCCUAGUGCGAACAUGUUUUUUUUCGCAAAUCGUUUGAUGGAAUAAAUGCAGGUCUGUGUUUGUUAUUGUUAGUUUAUGUGCAGUAUACUUAUUGUACAUGAUAUCUUGGGCUAAAAAUGGCCUUCUUUAAACUUCAGAUGUGUUUAAUGUUCACAAGCGACCUAUUGGAAAUGUUUUAUAGUAGAGGUUUUCUAAAUGUGGCACAGUUAGCUCCCAUCAGAAUAUAAUAUGAUCCCCCCCUUGCUAGAGCAUAUUUUGUUUUCUGCUUACACUAAACUGUCACUAAUGUCUCUCUGUAAGAACUAAAACUCAGUUCAUUUUAUCUUUAAACAUAAGUUAAAGCCAAGUUAAAUUAUGAGGGUUUUUUUUUUAAUUGUU